UAGAAUUAAGGAGAGGACAGCUCUCUAGCAGACUUGCUGGUAUUGUGCCUUUCUCUACAGCUCAAUAGUAAAUUAUUUGUAAUGAAUUACAGAGUUUAAAAACAAACUAGGAUGUCACAACAGGCAGCGAUGGUGCAGACCUUUAAUCCCAGCACUGCCUGUUGAUCUCUGAGUUCUAGGUCAGCCUGGUCUACAGAGAGAGGUCCAGGACAGCCAGGGCCACACAGAGAAAGAAACCCUGUAUUCAAAAACCAAGCCAGGGCUGGAGAGAUGGCUCAGUGGUUAAGAGCACUGACUGCUCUUCCAGAGGUCCUGAGUUCCACACGGUGGCUCAUGACCAUCUGGAAUAGGAUUUGAUGCCUGCUUCUGGUGUGUCUGAAGACAGAGACAGUGUACUCACAUACAUUAAAUAAAUCCAUUAAAACAAAAACAAACAAAAAAACCCCCAAGCCAUCCAACCAAUCAACCAACCCAAACAACAACAACAACAACAACAACAACGACAACAGCCACAGGAUGCUGCUGUGUAAUGUAGAUGGAGCUAGUGCUCCCAGUGUAAACCAGGCUGAUUUCAAACUCACUGAGACCCUUCCCCGUCUGCCUUCUGAGGACUUGGAUUAAAAGCUGACACCACAAUGCCCAGCUGUAAUGUCCUUUCAUAUUCUCUUUACUCAGAGUACAACUGAAGGCCUUUGCAGGUAUGAUGCAAAUAUCCCACCCCUGGCUAUCCUUUAAGGAAAAAAAAAAUAUGGGUUGGGGAUUUAGCUCAGUGGUAGAGCGCUUGCCUAGCAAGCACAAGGCCCUGGGUUCGGUCCCCAGCUCCGAAAAAAAGAAAAGAAAAAGAAAAAAAAAUUAUACCGAACCUGGUGUCAAAUGCUUUUAUUCUGUGCUGAGGCAGGUGGAGCUCUAUGAUCUGAGGGGAACCUAGUCUACAUCGUGAGCUCCAAGACGGGGCACCCUGUCUCAAUUUAAAAAAAAAAAAAAGAGUUCUGUUUCCUGAGAAUCCCACCCCCAAAUAUUUCUUUUUUUCUUCUCAUCUUGUAUUUAUGUGUUUGUUUUUGUGUCAGUGUGUAUGUAUGUGUGUAGUAGUUCUCAACCUCCUGAUGAUGUGGGCUCUUUCUUUCUGAGCCAUCUCUGUAGACCUCAAGACAUUUUUUAACACACACACACACACACUACACACACACACACACAUACAUACAUACAUAUAUAUGCACUACACACACAUACACACAUACACACAUACACACAUACAUACAUAUAUAUGCACUACACACACACAUACACACACACUACACACAUACACUAUACACACACAUUACACACACUACACACACAACACACACAUACACACACACUACACACACACUAUACACACACAUACACACACUAUACAAACACACACACUACACACACAACACACACACUACACACUACACACACUACACAAACACACUACACACACACACUACACACUACACACACUACACAAACACACUACACACACACACUACACACACAUACACACACUAUAUAUACACACACUACACACACACACGCACACACCACACACAUAGAUAUAGAUGUUGAUAUAUUGAUAUAUAUUGACAUAUUGAUAUACAUAUAUGUAUUAUCUAGAACUGUGUAAUCUCAGGGUUUGAGAGGUAGAGACAGAAGAAUCAGGAGUUCAAAGUCGUCUUCAGCUACAGGACGAUCUGGAGGCCAGCCUGUGCUGCCUUGAAACAGCAACAAAGAAACAACAACACAACGUUACUUUUGUUGAGCCUGUUAACUCAGCACUAAAAGCCAACCUGGGCUACAUAAGUUCCGGAUUAGCCUGGGCUACAGAACAAAACCAUUUGUUCACAAAACAAAAACAACAACAACAACAAGCAAAGCGAAAUAAAAUUACUCUGAAUAGGACAGCCAAAGGCCAGAUGUUGGGGGUGGGGGAGGGGAUCCUUGCAAUGACAAACCUGGGGCAGUGCAGGUGGGCAUGAAUGGAGAGCCCCAACCUGGCUCAUUGACUAUCCAGGGGCUGAAGUCCACAGUUGGGCAGCUGGAAAAAACGCUUGGGCUUUGGGGCCCUCCCAGCCUCUUUGAUCCCAGGGUGUCCCUGCCCUUUGAGCCCUGCAACUGGGGGCUGGCACACAGGCCUGGUUGGGCUCCUCAAUAGGCGGCAUGCUGCAGCUGCUGAAGUCCAGCUGGGUCCGGAGUGCGGGGUCUGGGGUGGUCACGUGGCGUGCCUCUGCGGGGCUCUUCUGUCCUGGGACCCGCCAGGCUUCAGAUACCUCAGAUACCCUACAUCACCCGUCCCCUAGCUCUGAGUCACAGGUACAGCCGGUACGCGUCUGUUCCAUGAUGCACUUGCCCCUGCAGUCCUCCCCCGAGGGGCUGGAUGCUGCUUUCGUCGGUGUGCCUCUGGAUACCGGAACUUCCAACCGGCCCGGGGCAAGAUUUGGACCCCGUCGCAUCCGGGAGGAGUCACUGAUGCUGGGGACUGUCAAUCCCAGCACGGGAGCCCUCCCCUUCCAGUCCCUCAGGGUUGCAGACCUAGGCAAUGUGAACGUCAAUCUCUACAACCUUCAGGACAGCUGCCGGCUAAUCCGAGAGGCCUAUCAGAACAUCCUAGCAACUGGCUGCAUUCCUCUGACCUUGGGUGGAGACCAUACCAUCACAUAUCCCAUACUGCAAGCCGUGGCAAAAGAGCAUGGCCCUGUGGGUUUAGUGCAUGUGGGUGCCCACAGCAACACCUCGGACAAACCUCUGGAGGACAAGGUCUACCAUCGGACACCUUUCCGCCGAAGUGUGGAUGAGGGACUGCUGGACAGCAAGCGAGUGGUACAGAUAGGUAUCCGGGGCUCCUCCAGGACCCUGGAUCCCUACAGAUACAGUCGGAGCCAGGUGACAGAUGCUCGCCCCUCUCUACUCUGCAAAGUGUCUUCUGCAUUGUCAAAGAGGGAUUCAACAGGGCUUCCGUGUGGUCCUGGCUGAAGACUGUUGGAUGAAGUCACUGGUCCCCCUGAUGGCAGAGAUCAGGCAGCAGAUGGGGGGUGUGCCUCUUUACAUCAGCUUUGCCAUAGAUGCCUUGGAUCCUGCCUAUGCCCCAGGGACAGGGACACCAGAAAUUGCUGGGCUCACCCCUAGUCAG